AUGUCCCAAGAAGAACAGUCCGGGCAUCUUUCGCCUCAAGAACCAAGAGAAGAAGCGUUGACAGUAACUUCUCAAUCAGAACCUUCUGCAACUACACCAAAACUGGACGAUCAGAAUGCAGCUGACCCACAACCAGAACAACAACCUCAAUUGAAUCAAGAACAAGAUGAGUUUCAAAACAAUCUCACUUUACCUAUUUCCAAAAUUAAGAAAAUUUUCAAAAUGGAUCCUGAAUACACCGGUGCAUCUGCAAGUGCAGUAUAUACUGCCGGUCUAGCUACAGAAUUGUUUGUUCAAUAUUUUGCUGAACAAGCAAGUUUGUUGGCCAAGAUGGAAAAACGUAAAAAGAUUCAAUAUAAAGAUUUCUCAAAUGCAGUAGCUAGUCAUGAUGCGUUAAACUUUUUAAGUGAUACUAUACCUCGAACUCAACCUAUUGGUGAAUUAGUUCAACAAAAGAAGAUAAAUGUAAAACAAACAGCACCGAAAACGACCAAAGAUAACGGUGAUGUCAAUGCAAAUCCUCAAGUUGGUGAUAUUGUGAAGAAAGAUUUGUUGGUAAAGGGUCAACAAACGUUGAAUUUUCCAAUUGCAAACUCAGCGUCACUGAAAACCCCUGAAGGGCCUGUUAAGAAGUCGGUCAUACUGAAUUUGGUAACAACUGAAGAUGAUAGAAGUACAAAAGAUGGUGAUGAUGACGUAGUAAUGAAAGAUUAA